GUAGCCCUGUUGAGGUGUUCCGAGUAACCCUGUUGAAGCAGGCAUGAUGUUGUUUCCUCUUUCAAGGUACAUUCCUCCAUUUUAGUCUGCAGUACUUAAAAAUAAAACCUUCCAUCAUGUCUUGAGUUUACUAAAGUGAUGCUAGGGAAAACUGUCAGGACAAAAGACUGAAAAGAGAACGAGGCACAGGCUGCAACCCUAAAGGUACAGUAGCUUUUACUUAUGCAGUGAGGAUAGACCUCGAGUAUUAUCAGGGUCUGAGGGUCGGCGUGAGGGAGAGCUGCUGCUGACAGACACAGGCUGUGCAUCAACUGAUUCACUAGGACCAUGUCGGUGGCAGCUUCAGCAAGGGACUCUGCCUCCCUCCUGUCUUCUUUACAGGAACUCUGCACAAUUUUGCAUGAAGCUACAAGAGUGCUUCAGAUGUGGGUUCCCCAGAUGAAAGGUUUCAGGCUGGGGAUAGUAUUAGGCCUUUCAUGGAUCAGGCUGUGGACCAUGUUGUUCUUAGGGAUGAUUUUUCUCCCAAGAAUAUACUGUGACAUGGACUUGUCAUAUUACUCUUCCUAUGAAAUAGUCAUCCCCAAGAGUCUGACCACCAGGAGGAGUGAAGAUCCAGUGGAACGUGCAUCCUAUAUGCUAUUUAUGGGAGGCCAAAAGCAGCUGGUUCACCUGAAGGUGAAGAGAGAGUAUGUUGUGAAUAACUUUCCAGUCUACAGCUAUCACGAUGGGGUGCUGGGGCAAGAAACGCCUUUCAUCUCACGAGACUGCCACUAUGAAGGCUACAUAGAAGGAGUGCCAGGUUCCUUUGUGUCUGUCAACACCUGUUCAGGCCUCAGGGGCAUCCUGAUUAAAGAGGAACACGCCUAUGGCAUCGAGCCCCUGAACUCCUCAAAACAGUUUGAACAUGUGUUAUACACCACGGCACAGCAAGCUCGAGCGUCCUGUAGUGUCACUUCCAAAGGCAGCCGAGCAGCCUCGACCAGCCGGCAACAGGGGAGCAGGAAACCCCACAAUCUACAGGCACCGUCCUACUUGUGGUCACACACAAAGUAUGUGGAGAUGUUUGUUGUGGUCAACAACCAGCGGUUCCAGAUGUGGGGCAGCAGCGUCAACGAGACAGUCCAGGGAGUAGUGGACAUCGUUGCUCUGGCCAACAGCUUCACUAGGGCGAUAAACACACAGGUGGUGCUGGCUGGAGUGGAGAUAUGGACUGAAGGGGACCUAAUAGAGGUCCCAGAGGACUUGCACGCUACACUCAGGAAUUUCAAUAGCUGGAGACAAGAGCAGCUCUCCCAACGUGUGAAGCAUGAUGUUGCCCACAUGAUCGUUGGGCAUCAUCCUGGAGAGACCAUGGGCCAGGCAUUUCUCAAUGGUGCCUGUUCAAGUGGCUUUGCGGCUGCUGUCGAAGCCUUCCAUCAUGAAGAUGUCCUCCUGUCUGCAGCGCUCUUGGUUCACGAACUCGGGCACAACCUGGGUAUUCCGCACGACCAGUCGGCCUGCAUUUGUGACGAUAAGCACUUUUGCCUCAUGCAUGAAAGCAUUGCUAAAGAAAGUGGCUUCAGCAACUGCAGCUCUGACUACUUCUACCAGUUCCUUCGUGAACACAGAGGGGCCUGCCUGUUUAACAAGCCAUGGCACAAAGGCCGCAAGCGUAGGGAUUCCCAUUGUGGAAACGGUAUUGUGGAGCCGCCGGAGGAGUGUGACUGCGGUUCUGCUUGUGACUACGACCCAUGUUGUGACACAGUAUGUCAACUGAGGGAGCACGCGGUGUGUGGUAAAGGUGGCUGCUGCCAUGACUGUGGUUUCAGAAGGAAAGGUUUCUUAUGCCGUCCCAUUCAGGAUGAAUGCGACCUCCCAGAAUACUGUGAUGGUACCACUGCCGAAUGCCCCAAAGACAGCUACAAGCAAGAUGGCACAUUAUGUGACAGAAUUUACUAUUGCUCUGGGGGUCAGUGUAAGAACCCUGAUAAGCAGUGUAUGCGUAUAUAUGGGUACCCUGCAAGAUCUGCCCCAGAAGACUGUUACACUUCGAUAAACACCAAAGGGAACCGGUUUGGAAACUGUGGCCGUGCCUCUGAGGGUCCCCCAGGAUAUGUUAAGUGUUUAAACAAUAAUGUAUUUUGUGGGAAACUUGUAUGUACAGAUGUUAGAUACUUACCACCAGUCCUCCCCCAGUAUACAAUGAUCCAGGUACCUCAUGGGGAGGACUGGUGCUGGAGCAUGGAUGCCCAUAAUGGUACUGAUAUCCCCGAUGGUGGAGAUGUGCAGGCCGGCACUUACUGUGCCCCAAACAAGGUCUGCAUGGAUCACUUCUGCACUCAUCACUCAGUGCUCAACUAUGACUGCCAGCCAGAGGCAAUGUGCCAUGGCAAGGGAGUUUGCAACAAUUUAAGACACUGCCAUUGUGAGUUUGGCUUUGCCCCUCCUGACUGCAAAGAUCCGGGAAAUGGGGGUAGUGUGGAUAGUGGUCCUGCUGGCAAGUCUGGUGAUGAAAUUUCUAGUGAAGAUGAAAGGAGAAUUCAAAGUAUAGGUCAAGGUAAUAACCCCAGAUUUUAUGAGAGCAACAAUGAAACCAAAAACCUUGGCAAGAUAGCAUACAUAUUUCCUUUAUUUCUUUUAGCAUUAUUUUUAGGUUUAAUUAUUGUUGCCACUCUUGGGGCUGGAAAGGACAUCUCACAGUGCUCACAGGAUGACACUGAAGAAGUCUUUCAAAAGGUUGUACCAGAACAGGAUGUAGCAAAAGAUCAGGAAAAGCCUAAAGCAGAAAAUGAGUAGUGUACGGAAGCAGUCCAAUAUGCUAAAACCUGGUGCACUGGGAGGAGGCUGAGUAUAACAAAGGUGAAGUGAGCACUGAUGUGGACCAUGACUCUGUAGCCUGAAGAAAUAUGCUAAUAUAGAAGGGGAGGUUUUAUUCUUC